AUGUAUCUUCCACGGCAGCUCAUCUCUCACCUAUAUCUCCAACUCCUCCGAUCCCACCACCCGCUCUCCCCGCCUGUUCUGAUCCUCGUUGCGCUCGAGCCUGAUGCGCUUUGUGCCUGUCGCAUCCUUACGGCUUUAUUAAAACGCGACUAUAUCCCUCACAAGAUUCAACCGGUUGCCGGCUAUGGCGAUCUCGCGCGUGCAGGUGAGGACCUUGUCCGGCCCAUGCAAAUCACGAAUGGUGGCAGUGGAGGUGUCGUGGUAUGUCUCGGUGUAGGUGGACUCGUUGACUUGGGAGAGAUUCUGGGGUUGAGUCAACCAGAUGACGAAGUGGAGGACUUGGGAGGUGUCGAGAUCUGGGUCUUCGACGCGCGCCGGCCGUGGAACCUCGCAAACGUCUUCGGAGGACAAGCUGGAAUGGGUCAAGCCAUGGCAGAAAUUGAUGCUAACGCGCGGCGGCGUGGACGGGGCGUGGACAAAGGCUGCAUUACCCCUGCAUACACGUCGAGAAAUGGCGGCAUCAUCGUAUUCGAUGACGGUGAUAUCGAAGAGGAACUCAGCAACGAGCGAGAGGCAUACUACGCGCUUCUAGAUAUGCCCGAGGUGGAUGAAGAUGACGUAAGUGAUGACGGAGAUAUGGACGACGAUGAAACAGUCCCAGGGUCUAAGAAGCGCAAGUCGUGGUCCGGACGCGAGGAUGAGGACGAGUCAGAAGAUGAAGAUGGGCCGCCUCGCCAGCGGAAACGAAGCAAUUCGGGCUCUUCUAUGGUCUCCUCUCCAAGUCGGCGACGGCGCACUGCUAUUAAUUCGUCCAAUUCAUCACGUUCUGCGACGCCUACCGACUCACCGUCACCAGCAGAGCCAAACAUGCCAUCUACGCAGGCGUUGAAGCGUCGCCUGAUUCGAAUGAAGAAGAAACACGAAACGGUCUUAGCGAGCUAUUAUGCUGCUGGAACAUCCUACUCAGAACCCAUUUCGUCACUAGUAUACUCCCUCGCAUCAGAGCUCGGUCGCGAAGAUAACGAUUUACUGUGGCUGGCCAUUGUCGGAGUUUCCAGCUUGGAGCUCAGCGGGCGGACAAUGACCGGCGUGGGCAUCUCAAAUGCCUUAGAAUCUGGAGGCUCUGCAGGCUGGGGUGGGCAACGCGGAGAACACAUUCGCCAGAUCUUCCGGGACGAAGUUCACCGUCUAAAUCCUCCCGACCCCUAUGAGCGAGAUCGGGAUAUCAGAGGAGAGAUCAAUGGGGUCAUUCCCACGACUGCUAGAUCUCCAACCGACACGUCGAUCCGUCUUUCUCCCGAACCACGGUUUCUGCUUGUCCGACACUGGUCACUUUACGAGAGUAUGCUUCACAGUCCUUACCUCGCCACGAGGCUUCACGUCUGGACGGAGAAUGGCCGCAAACGACUUCACAAACUUCUGGCCAAGAUGGGUAUCAGCUUAACACAGUGCCACCAAUACUACACACACAUGGAUAUGGAGCUUAAGAAAGUGCUCCGAGGGCGACUUCUUAAGUACGCACCCAUGUACGGUCUGGAUGGCCUGGUUCCUCCGGAGCCAUCCGGCCAUGCCAGCUCCCGUGAAGGCUGGGGCUUUGUACGAUGCUGGGGCUGGAAGGCUUGUCUGUCUGCCACGGACAUAGGCGUCAUCCUAGGUGCGAUGCUCGAGGUUGGACCGAACGAGGCCUCAGCAACAUGGGAUGCUAAACGCCUCCCGCGGGCACGAGGCUCCAACGACGAGAUCGAAAAUGGAGGUGGCUCGGGAGAAUCCGAUCUGGCCAGUCUUCUUCCACGGUUCUGGAGUGCAUACGACGCUCUAUCGCUCACCUCCGAGUCACCCACUCUUCUGAUGGAUGCGCUGCCUUUAGCUCAGCAUCUGCACCGUGCCAUUCUCCGUACUGGCACGUCGCUGCUUUCGAAGCAUCAAAUCCGCCAUCUUCGGGCAUUCCGCAUUGCAGUAGUCAAGGACGGCCCCGAUGUGAAGCUAUUUACCAAUCCAGGCGCUCUAACCAAACUGGCGCUGUGGAUCGCGGAGGCUAUUCGCGUCCAAGAACGUGAAAAGGGCGACUCCAGAAUUGGCCGAAAACGAGCAGCCGGUACCCCUCUGGUCCUCGCCGGCCUGGACGAAGACCGCGAUCUUUAUGUGGUCGUAGGCACGGGCGGAGGUGGUGGCGUGGUUGACUUUGCAGCAAUGUCGAAGCGCCAAGAAGAACGCCGCAGAAAGAAAGAAGAUAAAGAGAAGAAGCAAAAGGAACGAGAAGAUCGCCGGGCCAAGCGCGCCGCUGAACGCGCUGAACGGGACGGCUCCGAUGCUGAAGAAGACGAUUCGGAAGAAUCGGAGUCGUCCGAGUCCGAGUCGGAGGAUGAAGAAGAUCCUAGCGGAAAGAAGCAUCUCGUUCGCAAUCGAUUCGGCAUUGCUUUCCAAGAGGUGGUUCAAGAGACCAGCGCUCGCGUCCGUAUCGAUAGCUUCGACCAUUGUGUUGUCGAGGUCCAAAAGGACGAUCUCGGCGGAUUCCUUGAAGCACUCAGUUUCCGCAGCGUGGUGGGCUAA